AUCCGGACCCUCGAUUAUCCGGACUAUUUUGUCUAGUCCCAACAAGUCCGGAUAAUCCAGGUUCGACUGUACUAGCUAUCUUGUGAGUUCAUAUCCAUUAAAAGUUGUCCAGUAUAGGUAGAAUCAAAUAACUACACUUUUAAAUGUCGUAAUAAUUUUAUGAAUCUCUUUUUUAAUAGUUUGUUGUACUUUGUAUUUAGAUUUUGCAGUUCUGCCGCAAGGCAAAACAAAGUGGUGUGAACUUGAAGCUGAUGCCUGUAGGGAUGUCCAACAGACUGGAGAACACGUCAGUGUUUAGCAGAAAAGAAAACUGCCUACUGUGGAGAAUACGGUGGCUGUUCCCUCAAGCUGGUGUGGAAUAUGUUGAUAGACGGGUGUCAGAGUUAGCAGUUGUAAGAGAUGUCCUAAAGAAGUACAUUGACCCUGAACAGGCGGAUGCUGUACACAAACAAAGUUUAAAAAAAUACUGUGAAACUGGACUCCAUGGAGUUUGUGUUUAUUUAAAGAUAGAACUUUUGCCUGCUAUUAAAGUUCGGUAAGAGACAUGUAUCUUAACACAUACAACACAACACACUACACAUACCUAUAACAUACAUAGUACUUUAUUAAUCAGUCUCAAGGCUCUUCAGUAAUCAUUAGUUACAGUGGUAGUGUUUUUCUGGAGAGAGUAUCUAUUAUACUGGCUCCUUUUCCAUCCGUUUAGGCGAGUGAAAAAAAUUUUGUCACUGGUGGAAAAAACUUGGUUGUGAACAAAUUUUUGUGUGUGAGUUUGAAGACACCAAACAAUAGGCCAUAUUCGUAUUCUCGGUAUUGGACUGGAACUAGCUUGCAAUGGAGACUCGUGCGUGGGAGUAUCAUUUUCCUGUGUAAAGACUCCCCGCAUUAGCCUCAGUUGCAAGCUAGUUCCAGUCCGAUUCCGAGGAUACGAAUUAGUCCAUUAUUUUAUAAAAUCGCGCAGAAUUUUGUCUAAUACUUACCUGUCAAAGGUAUAGUCCGAGGUAGGAUAUAUUGUUUUCAUAUUCAACAAGUUGACAACAAAAUGUAUCUUGAAUAGCUAUUCAGUACUUUGUAACAUGUGAGAGGAAACUUGGCUGGGUAUUUCAAACGAUAUCUCAUAUGUAGUAAGGACGACAGAUAAUAAAAUUGACUUCCUGUUUCAUGAAAAUUUUGUUGAAGUCAGAUGAAACUGAACUGGUUGAGCAUAAAAACAUCUCAAGUUUAGUAACAAGACUUUUGCUUGGUCUCCGUUUUAAGUUGUAUCACAGCCAGUGUUCAUCUGCGUUUUAGGUAUCACCAGCUGGAUAUUUCAAAGACCCUAAAGAAUUGUCUGGCCCAGAAGACCGUCAUUGAAUUUCCCACGUUACAUGUUGUACUCCCAGACAAAACAGCAAGCUACAUCAGCCACUCUCACUCUCAACUUGCAUAAUGCAUUGUUGUUUUAUUGUAAUAAACAAGGACACUGUUUGAUGGAAUAAAAGUCACUUUUUGUGUCAUGUUCCUGGAA